CAUCCCAAACAGAGAACUCGGAAAACAGUCCAGUCUCUAUAAUUAAUGGCCGGCUGAACCUGUCUUUUCUUGAGAUUCAGAAUCUUCGCUGGUUGCCCUCAAAUAUAAGAAACAGUGAAAACACAACCCUCUUCUCUAUGUCUUUUUCUUAACUUCACUCUCGCCGGCUCAAAUUCUCCUCUUUCCAAUUAGUGUAUAUAUGUGUCUUUACAUGUGGGUGUUAUUAUUUGACUGAUUGAACAGAGUAUUUUGUUCUUCGAUGGCUACGGAUGAAGAAACCCCACUUCUCAUUGAAACCCCUCCAACUCCAACCUUAAACCACAAGAAAGAUGUUCAUAUUUUAUGUUGGGCUUUCCUGCUGAUUUUCUUGGCUUAUGGGGCUGCCCAAAACUUAGAGAGCACUAUCAAUACCGAAGGAGAUUUGGGGACCAUAUCACUGGGGAUUUUAUACGUGUCCUUUACAUUCUUUUCUGUGUUAGCUUCAUUGGUGGUGAAGAAGCUUGGCUCAAAGACUGCUCUAAUUCUUGGUACAACUGGAUAUUUGCUGUUCAUAGCUGCAAAUUUGAAGCCUACUUGGUAUACUAUGGUGCCAGCAUCUUUGUACCUUGGAUUUGCUGCUUCAAUAAUAUGGGUUGCACAGGGGACGUAUCUUACUUCCACAGCUCACAGUCAUGCUGCUCGACUUAAUAGUGAUUUGGCUAAAACCAUUUUUUUACACGUUUCUUUCAAGUCAAGGAUUCAACUUCUUGUCGGCAACCUCAUCACUCUGGCCUUGUUAAGAGAUGAGAAGGGAGGAAGUACCAGCGGCACAACUUUACUCUUCAUUGUAUUCCUUUGUAGCAUGACCUUAGGUACUAUUCUUAUGUGCUUCUUAAGUAAGAGAAAUGGUAAGGAGGAACAAAUGCAAGAUUCUCGUGUCACUUUUUCUUCUUCGGUGGUGUCUUUGCUGAAGGCAAUGUUGAAUCUAUUACUCGACAUAAGAAUCCUCUUGAUCAUCCCGCUUAUUGCAUAUUCAGGCUUACAGCAAGCAUUUGUAUGGGCUGAAUACACGAAGCAAAUUGUCAAGCCUUCACUUGGCGAGCGUGGUGUUGGUGGUGCAAUGGCUGUUUACGGGGUUUUUGAUGCUAUAUGUUCACUUGCUGCUGGUCGACUUACCUUCGGUCUUUCAUCGAUCACUAUAAUAGUCUCUGCUGGAGCUUUGAUUCAGAUUAUUGUACUGCUUUGGCUUCUGCUGGGCUACAGUGUGGCUGGAGGAGUGCUUGGCACAGUAUACCCACUUCUCAUAGGGGCCUUGUGGGGUAUUGGCGAUGGAGUACUGAACACACAGCUAAGUGCUUUGCUUGGAAUCCUAUUUAAGCAUGACCUGGAAGGAGCAUUUGCACAGCUUAAGCUCUGGCAAAGUGCUUCAAUUGCAGUGGUGUUCUUUAUCAGUUCAUCUAUUUCAUUGCAGACAAUGGUCAUAAUCUUGUUCGCUGCACUUUGCAUUUCACUGGCCGGGUUUCUUUUUCUCAUGCUUCAGUUCGAGAAAGCAUUUUCAUAUCAUGCAUCUUGAACAUCACAAACAAGAUUUUUGUGACGUUAUCCAAGGAUUUGCAUCACUGUGUUAAUAUUCCCAAACAUGCUGAAAACAAGUAUCCAUUUUCGAUGGUUUGAUUGUUGGCCAUCGUUUUCUAACACGGCUAAUGUUUUCUGCAGCCAAUAAAAAAAUGAUGCUAUUCAUGCAAAGUGUGAUAUUUACCUUUUCUUUUGUUGAUGUAAUCUGUUUGCAAAUUGAACUCUUGAAAGCCUUUGUUAUUCCUGCGCUAGAAAGGCCUGUUUUGACUUGGUGAUGAAAAACAUAAAACAAACCCCGAAAAAUGAAUCCGAGCUAUUUAGGAUGUGUUUGGUACGCAGGAUGUAGCAAAAUAAAGAAGAGCAAGGUGAUAGAAUUUGUCAAAUUUUCACUUGUUUUGUUGAAUCAUGUUCAAUUAUGUGUCAAGUAUGUCAUGUAAUGGUAUUUAAGCUGUAAUUUCUACAUGGAUUUAGUCCGUACCCUGUAUUUUCUCAAGUAUUUUAUGUCUAUUGACAUUUUUGUUAUGUUGAUCUUGAUAGUACCAUGUAAAAGCAUUUUGGAUA